AUGGAGGACAGGUACUACCCAGUGAUCUUCCCAGACGAGCGGAAUUUCCGCCCCUUUACUUCUGACUCCCUGGCUGCAAUAGAGAAGCGAAUCGCCAUCCAGAAGGAGAAGAAGAAGUCCAAGGACAAGGCAGCUGCUGAGCCCCAGCCUCGGCCUCAGCUGGACCUAAAGGCCUCCAGGAAGUUGCCAAAGCUUUACGGUGACAUUCCCCACGAUCUGAUAGCGAAGCCCCUGGAAGACCUGGACCCAUUCUACAGAGACCAUAAGACAUUCAUGGUGUUGAACAAGAAGAGGACAAUAUAUCGUUUCAGUGCCAAGCGGGCCUUGUUCAUUUUGGGGCCUUUCAAUCCCGUCAGAAGUUUAGUGAUUCGGAUCUCUGUCCAUUCGCUCUUCAGCAUGCUCAUCAUCUGUACAGUGCUCAUCAACUGUAUGUUCAUGGCUAAUUCUGGGGACGGAAGUUUACUCAUGGAAAUUUCCGAGUACAUCUUUACUGGGAUUUAUAUUUUAGAAGCCGUGAUUAAAAUAUUGGCAAGAGGCUUCAUCCUGGAUGAGUUUUCUUUCCUCCGAGACCCGUGGAACUGGCUGGAUUUCAUUGUCAUUGGAACAGCGGUCGCAACGUGUUUCCCAGGUACCAAAGUCAAUCUUUCAGCUCUUCGUACCUUCCGAGUGUUCAGAGCUCUGAAAGCAAUUUCUGUGGUCUCAGGUCUGAAGGUUAUUGUUGGGGCCCUGCUGCGCUCUGUGAAGAAGCUGGUAGAUGUCAUGGUUCUCACUCUCUUUUGCCUCAGCAUCUUUGCCCUGGUUGGUCAGCAGCUCUUCAUGGGAACUCUGAACCGGAGAUGUAUUAAGGACAACUGUGGCCCCAACUCUACAUCCAACAAGGAUUGCUUUGUAAAGGAGAAAAAUAGUGACGACUUCAUCAUGUGUGGCACCUGGUUCGGUAACAGCCGCUGUCCCGAAGGCUCUACAUGCAAUAAAACCUCGUUCAACCCAGACUAUAACUACACGAACUUUGACAACUUUGGCUGGUCUUUUCUUGCCAUGUUCCGGGUUAUGACUCAGGACUCCUGGGAGAAGCUUUAUCGACAGAUCCUCCGGACUUCUGGAAUCUACUUUGUCUUCUUCUUCGUGGUGGUCAUCUUCCUGGGCUCUUUCUACCUGCUCAACUUAACCCUGGCUGUCGUUACCAUGGCGUAUGAAGAACAGAACAGGAAUGUAGCCGCAGAGACAGAGGCCAAGGAAAAGAUGUUUCGGGAAGCACAGCAGCUCUUAAGGGAGGAGAAAGAGGCUCUGGUUGCCAUGGGAAUCGACAGAAGUUCGCUUAAUUCCCUUCAAGCAUCGUCCUUUUCUCCAAAGAAGAGGAAGUUUUUUGGUAGUACAAGAAAGUCCUUCUUUACGAGAAAGUCUAAGAAGGAUCCGGCCUCAGCCUCAGAUUUGGAAGAUGAUUCCUCUAAAAACCCUCAACUGCUUGAGCAAACCAAACGACUGUCCCAGAACUUGCCGGUGGACCUCUUUGACGAGCACAUGGAUCACUUCCACAGGCAGAGGGCGCUGAGUGCCGUCAGCAUCCUGACCAUCACCAUGCAGGAACAAGAAAAAUCCCAGGAGCCUUGCCUCCCAUGUGGGAAAAACUUGGCAUCCAAGUACCUGGUGUGGGACUGCAGCCCCCAGUGGCUGUGUCUGAAGAAGGCCCUUCGGACCGUGAUGACAGACCCCUUUACUGAGCUGGCCGUCACCAUCUGUAUCAUAAUCAACACCGUCUUCCUGGCCAUGGAGCACCACAACAUGGAUGACGCUUUUAUAAAUCUACUGAAAAUAGGAAACUGGGUUUUCACUGGGAUUUUCGUAGCCGAAAUGUGUCUAAAGAUCAUCGCGCUGGACCCUUACCACUACUUCCGCCACGGCUGGAACAUCUUCGACAGCAUUGUGGCCCUCCUGAGUCUUGCGGACGUGCUUUACAACAACCUGUCGGAUAAGAGCAGUCGCUCAAAUCGCUCCUUCUUGGCUUCCUUCAGAGUGCUGAGAGUCUUCAAGUUAGCCAAAUCCUGGCCCACUCUAAACACGCUCAUUAAGAUCAUCGGCCACUCCGUGGGUGCGCUUGGAAACCUGACUGUGGUGCUGGCCAUUGUGGUCUUCAUUUUUUCCGUUGUUGGCAUGCAGCUUUUUGGCAAAAAGUUCAACAAGACCAUGUGUACUACGAAGCCGCAGUGCAUGCGGCGCUGGCACAUGGGAGACUUCUACCACUCCUUCCUGGUGGUCUUCCGCAUCCUGUGCGGGGAGUGGAUCGAGAACAUGUGGGAAUGCAUGGAGGGGAUGGGCGGAUCUCUGCUGUGUGUCGUCGUCUUCCUGUUGAUCAUGGUGAUAGGGAAACUUGUGGUGCUUAACCUCUUCAUUGCCUUGCUGCUCAAUUCCUUCAGCAACGAGGAGAGGGAUGGGAGCCCCGAAGGAGAGACCCGGAAAACCAAAGUGCAGCUGGCUCUGGAUCGCUUCUACCGGGCCUUUUCCUUCUUGGUGCGUGCCCUUCGGGAUUUUUGUUGCAAGAAAUGCAGGAGGCAAAACUCACCAAAGCCAAAAGAGAUCACAGGAAGUUUUGACAGCGAGGACAAAGACAUUAUUCCCCUUGAUACAAAGCCCUGGGGGGAGUUCGAUGCACUAAGGACUUGGACCGCUGGACACGAGGGGGCUCGCUUGGCCCCACUCGCAGAGGAAGAGGAUGACAUGGAAGGCUAUGGUGAACUCAGAGUCCCAUCUGUCUCACAAGCGGGUGCCAAAGUUCAGACCUAUGAUGUCCCUCUGGAGACCACGAAGCCCACCAGCCCAGAUGACCAAGAUGUGGAAACUGAGGUGUUCGCUGAAGAAGAUCCCCAUUUAACCAUACAGAGUGUUCAAAAGAACUCGGAUGCUGCAAGUGUGCUCUCAGAGUGCAGUACAGUUGACCUGAAUAUCUGCAGAAAUUCGCACAAUGUGGAUACCCCCAAAAAGCAACCAGAUAGAUGCUUGCCCAAAGGCCUCAGUUGUCAUUUUCUAUGCCACAAGACAGACAAGAAAAAGCCCCGCUGGGUUGUGUGGUGGAAUCUUCGGAAAACCUGCUACCAAAUUGUGAAGCACAGCUGGUUUGAGAGCUUUAUAAUCUUUGUCAUCCUGCUGAGCAGUGGAGCAUUGAUAUUUGAAGAUGUCAACAUCUCCAAACGGCCCCAAAUUGAGCGGUUGCUAAGGUGUACUGACAAUAUCUUCACAUUUAUCUUCAUCCUGGAGAUGAUUCUAAAGUGGGUGGCCUUUGGAUUUCGAAGGUAUUUCACCAGUGCCUGGUGCUGGCUCGAUUUCCUCAUUGUAAUCGUGUCUGUGGUCAGUCUCAUGAACUUACCAAGCUUGAAGUCCUUCCGGACUCUGCGAGCACUGAGGCCUCUGCGGGCGCUGUCUCAGUUUGAAGGAAUGAAGGUUGUGGUCAACGCCCUCAUCAGUGCUAUACCUGCCAUUCUCAAUGUCUUGCUGGUCUGCCUCAUUUUCUGGCUCAUAUUUUGCAUCCUGGGAGUAAAUUUUUUUUCUGGGAAAUUUGGAAGAUGCAUUAAUGGAACAGAUAUAAAUAAAUAUUUGAAUCAUACCGAAAUUGGAAACCAAAGCCAAUGUCAAAGUAGCAAUUACUCGUGGGAGGUCCCGAAAGUCAACUUUGACAACGUGGGGAACGCCUACCUCGCUCUGCUGCAGGUGGCAACAUAUAAGGGCUGGCUGGACAUUAUGAAGGCUGCUGUUGAUUCCAGAGGGAAAGAUGAGCAGCCAGAUUUUGAGGCAAAUCGCUUUGCCUAUCUCUACUUCGUGGUUUUUAUCAUCUUUGGCUCGUUCUUCACCCUGAACCUCUUUAUCGGCGUUAUUAUUGACAACUUCAACCAGCAGCAGAAAAAGAUAAGUGGCCAAGACAUUUUUAUGACAGAAGAACAGAAGAAAUACUAUAAUGCAAUGAAAAAAUUAGGAACCAAAAAACCUCAGAAACCCAUCCCAAGGCCACUGAAUAAAUGUCAAGCCUUUGUUUUUGACCUGGUCACAAGCCAGGUCUUUGACGUCAUCAUUCUGGGUCUUAUUGUCCUAAAUAUGAUUAUCAUGAUGGCUGAAUAUGAAGGCCAGACCCAAGAAGUGAAGAAUAUCUUUGAUAUUAUCAACAUAGCCUUUGUGGUCAUCUUUACCAUAGAAUGUCUCAUCAAAAUGUUUGCUUUGAGGCAAUACUACUUCACCAAUGGCUGGAAUUUAUUUGAUUGUGUGGUCGUGGUUCUUUCUAUCAUUAGUUCCCUGGUUUCUGGCUUGGAGAACAGCGUUCCUUUCCCUCCCACGCUCUUCCGAAUCGUGCGCUUGGCGCGGAUUGGCCGCAUCCUCCGACUGGUCCGGGCUGCUCGAGGCAUCAGGACGCUGCUGUUUGCUCUGAUGAUGUCUCUGCCGUCUCUGUUCAACAUCGGCCUGCUGCUCUUCCUCGUUAUGUUCAUCUACGCCAUCUUCGGGAUGAACUGCUUCUCCAAAGUGGAGAGGGGCUCUGGAAUCGACGACAUCUUCAACUUUGAAACGUUCUCGGGCAGCAUGCUCUGCCUCUUCCAGGUGACCACUUCAGCUGGCUGGGACUCUCUGCUCAGCCCCAUGCUGGCUUCAAAAGCCGACACCAACUCCUCCUCCCAAGACAGCUGCCAGCAGCCCCGGGUAGCCAUCAUCUAUUUCGUCAGUUACAUCAUUAUCUCCUUCCUCAUCGUGGUCAACAUGUACAUCGCGGUGAUUCUAGAGAAUUUCAACACGGCCACCGAGGAGAGCGCGGACCCCCUGGGCGAAGACGACUUUGAAAUCUUCUAUGAGAUCUGGGAGAAGUUUGACCCCGAAGCAACGCAGUUCAUCCAGUACUCGGCCCUCUCUGACUUUGCGGACGCCCUGCCUGAGCCGCUGCGCGUGGCCAAGCCUAACAAGUUUCAGUUUCUGGUGAUGGACUUGCCCAUGGUGACGGGCGAUCGUCUCCACUGCAUGGACGUUCUCUUUGCCUUCACCACCAGGGUCCUCGGGAACUCCAGCGGCUUGGACACCAUGAAAUCGCUGAUGGAGGAUAAGUUCAUGGAGGCCAAUCCUUUCAGAAAGUUGUACGAGCCCAUAGUCACCACCACCAAGAGAAAGGAGGAGGAGCUGUGUGCCGCCGUCAUCCAGAGGGCCUACCGAAAACACGUGGAGAAGAUGAUCAAGUUGAAGCUGCAAGACAGGUCGAGUUCGUCACGCCCAACAGUUUGCAACGGAGACUUGUCUAGCUUGGAUGUGCCCAAGAUCAAAGUUCACUAUGACUGA